UCUCUCUGUCGUCGAAAUUGUACGCGUACGGUCGUGUUGUGUAAGUCUUUCGCUUUUUUUCUGCAACAUUGUUAACAUCGCUUUGUGAGCACGCGAGGACAAAGAAACGAGAGAAAUGCUACAGAAAGAAGAAAUCGACGCAUGAUAAAGGGUUCGGCAAGGCUGGAGCGGAACGAGAGAAGUUGCAGCGAUCAACCGCUUAAACAUUACGGCGAGGCGAUGAAACACGGAGGCUAGACAGGCGGAUUACCGUGCGAUUAAUGCGCCCUAUGACGCUCGUUUAAUGGCCCAUGCUCGGACCGUGCGAUGAACGCGAACGAGUGCACGAUUUCCCUCGGAGGUUGAAUUAAAUGGACAGGCAGGAAGAACCCAUUUGUACGCCCAUUUGUACCGAUUGUUCGCGACAACGUGCAAGGACACAAGCCGAGAACAUAAACUGUAAAAAACACAUAUCGAACGGUACCCGGCAGGUACUCGGUGCGAUCGCGCCGUUUCUUCCUUCGUCUUUUCACGCUUUUCGCAACGUCGUUCGAGAUUCGUUCGCACGGCGAGAGGCGAUCACGGUCGAUUUCUCGCGCAAACUUUGAACGAAUGGUCCGGUUUCUCGCGAUCGCGAGAUCGAGGAAAGCGCGAGUCGGCCUGUAAUUCGUCGGCGACCGGCUAAAGCGGCGCAAUUGUCUCGAAUUACGAUCGAUGCGAAUCCCGAUCGAAGGAUAUAGCGGAGAGAUAUAAUAGUGGUUUCCACGCGCAAAAGAGCUUAAUCCCCGGCAGGCCGAUCGUCGCGCGAUAUUAAAACUUCGAGGGAUCGAAAUUACAGCCACUGUCGAUAAAAGCUUACAAAUAGAUUCGAAAGAAUCGAUAAUGCACGCGUGGAAAUCCCGGCCCGAAGCAAGCCACGUGCACGACGAAUAAUACGAUCCCUCCUCGAAUCCACGUCUUCACGAUCACCAGGGGAAAAGCACCACGUAGAUUCGUAAAAUCCUUAUCUACCGACGCUGUGUUCGCGUCGUCACAUCGCGUUCUUUCUUCGCCAUUAACGUUGCCUUUUCCAACGACGCCGCGUCUAACAGCGAUUCGGCGAUCGUCGCGUAUUUCGGGACUAUUCGUUCGCGCGACCAGUGAAUCCAAAGAGUGGAAGACAAACUGUUUGGAAAUCAGUUAUGAUUCUGGAUGCUGGCUUGCACGCGGAACUCAGAUAAGCUGGGGCAAGAGGAUGAUAGUGAGAUGGGUGUAUCCGAGUGCCGAUUACAUCGAAUGAUACCACGAUCUCUGUGAGUAACUGUUAAAGAGAUCGAAGUGUGUUCACGUUGGUCGUAGCUGUUGUUCGAGGGGCGAGGAAGGAUCAGCGCAGAGACAGGAAAGAAAGAAAGAUCGACAGUAUGAAGGAUCGUCGUGGAAGAUGGCUGUACGCCGUGCUGCCACUCGUCACGUUCCUCUCGCACCAAAUAGAGUGCACGGCGAAGAGCGGAGGAUCGGUGGUGGAGCACCAUCCGUCUUCUUACUGGGAGCAACCCUUUAGCCAGCCUUACUUCGACAACACAACGAAGAGGGAUACCACGACGACCGUCGGACAAACCGCUUUCCUGCACUGCAGGGUGCGCAAUCUUGGUGAUCGUGCUGUUUCGUGGAUCAGGAAACGAGAUCUGCACAUUCUCACCGUAGGAAUCUUAACCUACACGAACGACCAGCGUUUCCAGUCGUUACACAGAGACGGAUCUGACGAAUGGACCUUGAGGAUUAGUUCGCCGCAAGUUCGCGAUAGCGGAACAUACGAGUGUCAGGUUUCAACCGAAUCGAAAAUCAGCCAAGCUUUUAACUUGAGCGUCGUAGUGUCGAAGGCAAAGAUCAACGGUAACUCGGAGCUGUACAUCAAGAGCGGAAGCGACAUCAAUCUGACCUGCAUAGUAUUGCAGACACCUGAGCCGCCGUCAUUCAUUUAUUGGUACAAGGGUGAUCACGUGGUAAAUUACAGUCAAAGGGGAGGUAUCAACGUAGUCACUGAGAAGCAAACGCGAACGUCGCGUCUCUUGAUAUCAAAGGCGUUACCUGCUGAUUCUGGAAAUUACACAUGUGCCCCGUCUGCGGCCGAGUCAGCCAGUGUUCUAGUCCACGUACUCAAUGGUGGGAGAACAUCCAGCGGCCAUGCAACACGGCAACUCGAGCAACAGCGGCGCGGCAACGAGGACACUCGCGUUGCUCCUGUUGCUUCUGCACGCCGGUUCGUUCGCGAGGUGACUGGUCGAUCACGAAGCCUUCCUCCAAUAAGGACAUGAGCAAACAUCGCUUUUCCUUUACGUAAUCGAACAGAGGCAAAAGACGAAGAAGAGAAAAAGGGAAGCGAGCGAGACCGAGGAAAAGAAGCGUCGUCUUUACCAGCAGCAACCACCUUCAACCCUUUAUAUAUCACCCUCGAUCUUGCUUUUAACCGAACAGCGACGAGAAAGCAGCCAGGCCAGCGACCAUCAAAGAGACUCCUAACGAACGAAAGCUACAGUGUAUCGGGCAUCUAGUGACCCAGUGGAACUGACUCCUCGCUGCUUCUGCUCUCCGUGGAUGUAUCGAUCAUUUUAGCUGGUGCAAAUCGUUUCCAUCUGGGGAAUAGUAAAUCUACGGUGUCUCCCAGACCGAUCGCUCGGAAGUGGCCACUUUCCGUUUCUCUUUUGAUAUCCGUAGAUGUUUCGAGUCGAUCACGACGACGCGACGCGAGUGAAACAGUUUUUCAGUGGUGGUACUUUGUCCGAGAAGACGUUGAGUCAGUUCGCUUGUAACGCGGCUCGUACAAACUCGCGGACGUGAUUCUCCUUUCAUUUCGUGCAGCAGGAAGAGGGGAAACGAGUCGAGCGAAAUCUCGAGAAGAGGAGGACUCGACACAUGUAAAUGGCUAUUUAGUAUGAUGCAGUUGGACUCGGUGCGAUCCAAGGAACUCUUAGCGUCAGCGAUAAUCAAGGAUCUGCGCGGCUCGUUCUCGUAAUUAACGAGUACAACGAGUAACUGCCAAGUUGGAUCACUGCCACGUUCUUUCGGUAACGUUCCUUGCUAUUGCCGUGUUGCGAAACGAAACGAAACGAAACGAAACGAAACGAAACGGAAGAAAACGAAAUGAAACGCGCACCCCCUUUAAAUCGUUCCGCAUUAGCGAACGACGUCAAAGUUGUGCUUUAAAGAGUGCGACGAACAGCGUCGAGUUUGUCAUUAGAACAAAUGCAGAGAGCUCUGUACUCGAACGAUACCCAGAGGAGACGAACUUUUGUUCCAGAACAUGUUCGCGUACCGAUCGAUUCCAGUCUCGUUAGAUUCGUAAUACAAAAGACCUUGUCCGAUGGAGAAUAUUCUCGACUUGUGGAACUUGGAUUAUUAAACCUUCAGAACGCACAUAGAGAUCUUGCUUUGUAUUUUUCUUCGAGACGCGUUCUUACUGUUACGCGAUACGGUUCUUUCAGUCAAACACCUUAUCUUUGGUCGGAACCAUUCAGAAAAAUGAACCACGAGACACUGUGUUUUUCAUUCGUAACAGCUUUAAAGUCUACGAUUAAAUAUUCUUUUUAAUUAAACCACGCGUUUCAUUUCAUGGCGAGGACGAAAUAUAAUUAGAGGCUGAACGCUCUAACUGCCUCUCUCUCUUUCUCUCUCUCUCUCUUUCUCACACACACACGCAUGAUUAAUCGCAACUGGCGAUAUUUCUCGAUGGAACGUUUUCUGCAAGAAACACGGACAAAUUCACGAUACUCGAAUUUUUCUAUUGAUAAAUUUCGAUCGAAUGUUACUUGCUCGUGAACGACGUAGCGUCAAUUUACAUAUAUAAAUUCUAAGAGGAAAUUUACGAGUAGAAGCUAAUAAAAUCGUGCAUCUAGGCGUCAGAGUUAACAAAAUGAUCGUUUCCACGAACGCUUGUAACCUAAUAUCCUCGAUUGCCUCUUUAUUGCUGGUAAUGCCACAUGAUUGCCGACCUACCUCGUCAAAAAUGACUUAUUUUUGAUCGAGAACGUACACGUACACGGGAACGGUUCUAGAAUUUGCGAGUACACGUUAGUGUUGUCACGACAAAAGACGGUUCCUCAUGAGCGCUACUUGUACCGUGACAAUUCCACAUGCAGCCGCAAUAAUUUUCGCGAUCAAACGGCACGUAGCAGCACCUGGUUUAAUAGUAUCGCCUGACAGUGACAAACGACCAACCUGCGAAAGGAACAGAGAAAUUAAUAGGUGUUGGUGUAUCGGUGUGCCCUGCGUCGCCACGCGUCGCUUCGUUUCGGCUAUCCUUGCGCCACGAACCGGCAACUUUUUCGAACAAUCGAUUCGAGGUAUAAGAAAAUUUGCAACGCUGCAUAAAAGUUGCUCGAUUUUUGCUCGUCUGUCGGGCAAAAAUGGAACGGAUCGCAGUUACAGUCGCGUUUGAAACGUGUCGGAGGAAGAAAGGAAAUUCUUCGGAUUCCUGUCAGUUGACAAAUUGCUGGAUUAUAGCGGUUCGUGCUAUCUAAUGUGCGUGGGAUAAUAAUAUAUCUUCUUUUUAUUAACCCAGAGGUUUUACGGAUUCCCACGAUUUUCUGUUUGUUCCUAUCGGUGAUGGGGGAUCGGAUGAACUGCUGCGACGGGAAUAUUUAUGAUACUUACUUUUGGGGGAAAGCUUAAGUGCAUUAGUCUGCAAAUAUUUGUCGAUAGUAACCUGAUUAGCCGCCGCUUGGUAGAAGAGCUACUACGUUUAGAUUUAUCAGCUAGAUACGAUUAAAACAGAUAAAAAGAAACCUGUGUUUGACAAACAUCUCGUCGUUAACUAUAAAUUGUACGAAAUACAAUUUUAGUAAGAGGAUCAGCAAGAAGCAGUUAAACGGGACUUUUUGUUUUUUCCAGAUUGAUAAACGCCGCACGGUAAUUUUCAUGUUUCACGCGCAUAUAAUAAGAGUGAAAGAAGUAAUUUUCUUUUUUUUUUUUUUAAUUCGACGAAACAGUGUUUGAAUUACGGACGUAUAAAUAGUAUAAUCUAUGUACGUAGCUAAAGUAACAGAUACUUCAAGUGUUUUUUACAUUUCCGAACGCACGAGAGAUUUACAGAUUUUUAAAAAAGAAUGCCCAAGAUUAUAAUAUGGAAUUAAAGUAAAUUAAAUUGCACAUUUCUAGAACCCUCCAGAUUUUCUACGGCGCGUUCCUAAAAUUGUUUAUUUUCGAUUAAAGCGCUUUGCUUGUAGCUAACAAAAUGUCAAAUAACGUUAUUCGAGCCGCGUUUCGCUUCCAAUUAUUCUCUUUUCUGUUUUCUAUUUUGUAAUUGCACAUUUCUGGAAGAUCUUUCAUAACAAAGUGAAUUUAAUCGAAAAUUGUCCUGCGACUCGCGAAAUUUUUGCUUACGAACGUUUUACAUAAAAUUUCAUAGAAAUGCGUGGUCGUUUUGCGGGGCGAACAUUUUCGUGGCCGCUUUUGUCCCCUUUACGAUAUACUGGCACGAAUUUCUGCAUUUUUCGUGUAAUUUUCGUUUCGCGUAAUCUUCCAUUUAUAUUUUCUACAUGGAAAUAUUUGGUUUCGUUGUUUCCAAAACGAUCUAAUGAUCUUUUCUAUGUGGUUCGAAUUACAACGAUACAAUAACUUUGCAUGCCGGCACCGAUAAUAAAUUAUUUGCAGUUAAUAUUGGCAAACAAACAAAAGAACUUUGCCUUUCUCGUUGUGCGACGUAUAUUUAAUUGCGAAAAGGUUUAUUACAACGUUGAUGAACUUUUUAAUCGCUUGCGCGUUAUUUGUACAUAGUGCAAGACAACUGCCGUAUUCAAAGUGCGCUUUGUAACUUUAUUUCGAAGUUAAUUACGCGCUUUUCUUUGUGAAAUAAGUCUGUUGCGUUGAUGUUAAUUAAAAUUGUGUUUUAUUCAAGAGACUCUUUCGGUAAAUUUCUGUCGCGAAUAAGCUUGAAAUUCAUAGCGAAAUCUUGAAAGAAAGAUAUUCCUGUCUGUGUUAUCGUGCGAAUAUUUGAAGAACGAUUUAAAUUAUAGAUCAAAACCUUAUUCCACUUACGUUACGAGACAAGAUAAACGUCGAAUACGACGAUGACGACGAGAAAAAGCAGGAGUCUAUCUAAUGAGACAAGCGAAAUAACAAUGUGGAUAUGAAAGCAAAUGAGAGGGGAGACUAUCGUGCGAGUAAAGGAGAUAGUAUAAAAGGCGGCCUGUUGUAACAAGUAGAAUAGGAAACUAUCUGACGGACAAGUAGAACGCGAGUACGCUCGAGGAUAAAGUUGAAAUGAAAUAUUUCCUUAUUACCUGUGAAUGGUAAAUAAAAUUUAUUUUAUAUCAAUCGUAUCGCGUAUUAAUUUUGUAUAUGUCAUAUAAUUUAUUUUUUGUAUACAUAUAUCGAUAAAUUUGUUACAUGUGCAUAACUUUUUUUCUUAUUUUCAAUCAUCGAACGUGCUGACGAAGAUCGUGCAGACAUUUAUUUCAUAUGCGAUACGUGUGUGCACGGAAAGUUUUACGUUCGUUGAUUGGCAUUGCAUAUCGUCGUGAAACGUAAAUGACGUUCGAUCGACAAAUUCAUGAAACCGAUCGGAAAAGAAGUACGAGUUGCCUAGCAUGGAGAAUAACGUUGUCAGAACAUCAGUUUAGCGUCCAUCGCGCUUGCAACGAUAUGCCAGUAUCGUUGAUAGGAAAGUCGAGAAAUUCGAAAGUACAGAGCAGGUUGGAGCGAAAUUUUACAUGGUAAAACGCGCGUAUACCAGUGGUACGAGAGUAUGGGAACGCGUUAUUUCGCUUAUCCUCAACAUGCAUUUUAUCAAGCGCAAACACGAGUCGCGAAUAAUUGGAAACGUUUAUGCUGCUGGAAGUUGUGAACAACGCAACGUGGUCUUCGCGGAUUCUUGGAUAAGAAGCAACAUAUUUCCCGUGCUCCAGGAUCCACCGUGACCCGAAUAUUACGACAAAACCUCACGGCACGGUAUUCCCUUCGAAUACCGGAAGCUAGAGUUGCUGCUUUUCUUUUGGCUUGCGUUCGCUUGAAUUUCCAGCAGACAAAUAUUUAGAGCUCCAUCGAAGCGACGGUUCCCUUAAAGUCCGCCGAUCGACUAGUAGCAAAAUCGACGAAACGCGACGCGCUCGAACAGUUCGCGAGUAGUUUUUUCCUAAUUUUACGAAAUCCUCGAGAUGAUCGCUCGAAAUACGUCAAUAUUUUUGCAAGCAAAUUUUAUCGAUAUUCUACCUGCUUUCGUCGUUCGAUCGCUCGCGACGGUCCCCUGCAAUAAAAAUAUCUCCAGCGUCCAUUGCAAGCAAUAAUUUCGAUUUUCAGGUAAUUAUAAUUUUGUAACGUAAACGUAAACGUAAAUUUUGUAACGUAUCGGUCGUCUUCCAGAUACCUCUACCGAUUAUUCAAAAGUUUCUCGUGAUUCGUCCGCUUUCGCAAUUGCUUGUCGGUAACUAAAAAUAUUACGUGUGUAUUUCGAAUCGUAAAACCUGUACACUUCCACACGCGGUAUGUUAAAAUAGCGAAACAAAAAUUCCAAUUUUUUUAGAAAAUCUGCGCGCCGAAAAAACAUUUUUCAAAUCACAAUAUAUCAGGAUAGAGACAAAAGAGAGAGGAGUUUGGGAGGGUGGGGGCGAGUGUUCCUCCGAUAAAUAUUUACUGAGCUGUAAAAUCGCAGUGAAAAGAUAGAAAACAGUUUGAACGUGGACGUCGUGCAUCGUUCGAACAAUCAGAGCUCUGUUACGUUCCGCUUCACCGACGUAAAAUUUAUCCACAGAUCCCUGAAAAAGUAUCCGCGCGAGAAAGAAACGAAUUCCAUUUGUCUGGCACUCGUUCAUUCCAAUAUUCCACAGUUCGAAUCGAGUCGACCGGUUCUCCAUCGAAUCCGAGCCGAAUUCGGGGAUAUACGAGAGACCAGAGUUACCCAACACCCAGUUUACCGUGGCAGACCGUUGAUCUCGGAUCGACACACGAGACCAUCACAUAUCCGUGUACGUAUAAUAGACUAGAUAAGUUCUAGUGCUAGGCACACUGCCGCUCGCCUGCAACGAGUGAUCCGCGCGAGUUUUCGAAUCGUCGCGUUUCCCGACUUCAAGUUUCCCGACGGACCGACUAGUUGGACUGAAACGAAGUCGUAUUUUACGGGCUGGAAGACAUCAAAAACGAUAACGACAGCUCGCUACGCCGCGCCGCCAUGUCCGCGAUUAAUUUUACAAUGUUCUUGAUGUUACACUCGAUGCGAUUUCGCCAGCGCUAACGCAGCAGCGGACACGAGCAGCGGCAGACUUGAAACGAUUUGUAUUGAUUGAGUUCGAAGUAGAGAGCGUUUUGAAAUAUUGCUCGGAAUUAAGAACAGUAGAAACAUCGAAAGAUUUUCAAUGCAUCGUUUAUACAAACAAGCGUUGGAUCGUACGCCAUUUAUUUUAGACAGUUUGCGUUUUACUUAACUCAUCGAGGAAAAGUAAAAUUACAAAAUGGAUAGCGGAGUACGACGUUCUUGUAUAUAGCCUAGCCUUGCUGCGAAGAUUCGCGAAAACUUUUCAAGUAGAAGCGAUUUUUCGUCCAGACGAAUUUUAAAGAAAAUCUUCCGAGUAUUUCAAUUUCCAUAAAUCUGUGCUUGGAAAUAUCGAACAAUUUCUGGAUAUCAACUAAAAUUUCUAAUUUCGAGCAAGAUUCGAAACUUUUCGAUGUUUCGUAGCACCGCACCGGUUGAAAUUUAUUUCACGAGCAGACCUGAAUCCGAUGCCCAUCGCUAAAGCCGACCGCACAGUAAACUGGUUCAUUGUGUUCAUCUGAGGUCGGGGAAACUCUACUUCAACGUGUUGGCGUACGGCGUACACCGGCACCGGCACCGGCACCGGCUCCGCGUCUCUCAGUGAGUUUAUACUGGGACUUCCGCCGCUCGAGCAUCCGGAUUAACGAGUCGAAGGUCCAACUGAUUGAUUCCGAAUACAGGAACACCGUAUAAAUGCGAAGUCAGUGUGUGAAUGAGUUAUUAUCUGUAAAAUUUGUACACGAGGGUAAUUAAUCGUCAACAUUUUACGGCUCUAUCAUGAAAACUUGAAAAAACUGAAUGACGUUGCGCUUUCGAAACUGCAUUAUUUCUUUCUUUCUUGUGCAAAUAGAAACAAAAUGGACAGUUUUCAUUGCUCUUCGAUAUAGUGAUUCGAUCAAGCAUCGAUAAUAACGAUAUGAUUUAUUACUUUUUUUUUUUUUUUUUUUUUUUUUUUUUUUUUUUUUUUUUAGUAAACUUUGAUAUUCGAGGUGUGGAAAUAUUAUUCGAAUAUUAUUUGUUCGUCUGAAUCGCCUUCCCGUUUGUGAAAAUAAUCGAUGACCUACAACAGGGAUCGUUGUAUUAGAAUGUCUCAUAAAAUAUCGUGCGAACGCUUUACUUUUCGUCGCUUUGAAACCCCUGCGUAAAUAACGCGUAUCGAAGCAUCGUUUGAAAAAAGACUUUUGUACGCUGGUUACGAUAUUUUUCAUCUGUUUAUUCAUCACGGCUUAAUGAACUAAAGUUUCGAAAUGCACGAUAUUCUCUGCGACAUGGUAAUAUCUGUGCGUUUGAAAAUUAUCCGAUUCACCAAGUUAUAUUUACGUAUGUACUAUACUGGCAGACGGUAUAAUUUUGUAUUUUUCUAACAAGAUACAUUUAGCGAUAUUAAUUUACCGAUGGCAUAAAUAUUUUCACGAAUUUUUGUGCCAAGAAAUACUAUGCAAUAGUCUCGUCUUUGCGCUCUCAUUCUCACUCUCUCUCUCUCUCUCUCUCUCUCUCUCUCUCUCUCUCUCCGUACAACUCGGAUUGUUUGCGUAUGGAUAGGUGAUUUUUCUACGAUAUCAGCUGUUUCUACAAUUCAUGGAAACCGCUGUAAUUUGGAUCCAUUUUGUUUCUUGUAUAUUCAGUUCCACUAACAUUUUACGUAAACAAUCGAAGCUGUUUGACGUAGCCCGUAAUUGGUAUGGCGAACACGUAAAGUUACGUGAUCAGCUUGAAUAUUGACGAACGUAAAUACACAAGAUUGAUUGCACGUUGUUGUAUGAAAAAACGAUGAUAAAAUUCACAGCAGAGAGUUUCAAGGAUAGCAGGUAAAAUCUUUCCUUUCUGAUAACUUUAAUUUGUCUAUUUAAUACGUACGUACUAUCGGUAGUCAAUUUGUUACGUGUUAAAUUGUUUAAUCACUGCCAUUAGCUGCCACGUAUAUAUGUACAUGUAUAAAGCACGUUCAGUGUACGAUACUUGAUAGAAGUUCUAAAAGAAGAUAUAUCUCCACAUGCCGACUAAUUACGUUACUUUCGAUUAACAUUUUGUACUAACGUUCAUCCUUUUAGAACAAUAAUAACGCGUCAUCUAAUGUACGAACCUAAUAAAUAAGAAAUGUACGAUAAUUAUCAUCGCAUCAUCGUGAAAAUAUGUUAACUGUUACUAAACACGAAGUUUGUUGCAGAUGUAAAGAAUGUCCAUUCGUAAGACCGUAUGUGUUGUAGCGGGAAUGUAAUAAAAAGUAUGUAUUACGAAAAA